CCGUAAGACAAUCGCAAGACGGCGGUUGAGACAGUCUUGUGUUGAUGCAAAUCACAUCUCGCUGACUCACGGUAAGCGAGCGCCUCUAAAUAAAAUAAGGUACUCACAUCAGUAACAAGUAUUUUCAGUCGGUGAAUCGCCGUGCGAGGUGGUGCGUGUGGAUGGCUCAGAGUAUUUCCCAGCGGAUCUAGUAUGGUAAUGACCGCCAUCUCAACUAUGUGACGAGGUUGCCGACGACACAAUAAACAGUUGAUUUCAGUUUACGUCGAUCGUCAUAAAAGUUAUUUGUGUCGAUUAUUUGUAGCAGUUCAGUUUGUGCCAAAUUAUCAGAAGACUAACAUUGAAAAAAAGAUUUAUGAGAUUUUCUUUGAUGGCAAAAUAAUAAUAAACAUUUUAAUUUAUUUAUGCUUAUUUUUGUGAUUAUCAAUGAGUGUGUAUAGUAAUGUAAUCAUGUUUAAUGUGAAUGUGUUUGUGUAUUUGUUCCUGCUGGGGCUGCUCGGCGUGGGUUCCCUGUUUGCCGGUGACGGCUGCUAUGUUGAAGAAAAUCAAGGCACGUGCGUAGUGUUGUCUGAUUGUCAGCAUCUUAUCAAUGAAAUACAUAGGGCUGGUAAGCCUAUGCCAAUACACAUAAGGAAUAAAUUGCAGAUGCUCGGCUGCGGAUUUGAAUCGGAUAAACCAAUGGUAUGUUGUGUCCCACCAAGUAACUUUGAUGCUAUAAACAGCUGGACUCCUGAAAUACAUGGAAGUAGUUUAUCAGGCGUGCCCAAUAGAGGGAAACCAACUCAAACCGACGAUAACGUAGUUUGGGGUUCGGACUACAGUAAUAGCAAUAUACCACCAAAAGAUGAUACUGACAUAUUAGGUCAUGAGCAUGACAAACUUGGGCAAUUUACACCAAGUGACAGAGUUACCACUACCGCAAAUCAUCGUAAUAUAGGACUUUUACCUACGGAUUGCGGCAGCAUUGAAAGUGAUAGAAUUAUCGGUGGGAAUCGUACACGCCUGUUUGAAAUGCCUUGGAUGGUACUCUUGUCGUACCAGUCAGGUCGUCGAACGAGAUUAGACUGUGGGGGUACUUUGAUCAAUGAGUGGUACGUCUUGACUGCAGCACAUUGUGUGACUUCCUUGCGAAGUAACCUAAUACUAACACAUGUUAUUUUAGGAGAACAUGAUGUAGAACACGAUCCUGACUGCGAACGAUCUGAUGGAAACAAAUAUUGCGCUCCUCCCAUUAAGACCGUAACAAUCGAGGAGACUAUUCCGCAUCCGCGCUACAAUUCGAAAACUUUUGCCGAUGAUAUUGCUUUGUUAAGACUAUCAGAGCCCGCUGAUUUUAAUUUAGAUAAUAUGAAGCCAUUAUGCUUGCCGCUGACGUCGCAGCUUCAGACAGAGAAUUUGGUUAAUAUUAAUGGCAUUGUGGCGGGUUGGGGAGUCACAGAGGAGGGCAUGGAAUCUUCCGUGUUGUUGAGUGUGAGCCUGCCGAUACUAAGCAAAGACGAGUGCGAAACAGCAUAUAAAGGGACUGUUCAACUUAGUGACAAGCAGUUGUGCGCAGGCGGUGUUAGAGACAAAGACUCAUGUGGUGGUGACUCUGGAGGGCCACUAAUGUAUCCUGGCAAAGUGGGUUCAGGCGGUAUCAAGUACAUUCAGCGCGGCAUUGUCUCCUACGGGACCAAGCGAUGCGGCGUCGGCGGCUUCCCUGGAGUCUACACGAACGUAGCUAGCUACAUGGAUUGGAUAUUAGACAAUAUGCACUCAUAAUAUUUAAGUUAUUUUAGCGUUUAAUGGUCAAGAUAGGGGGAAAGCGAAGAUUUAAUUAUUAUUAUUCGCAAAUUGUAAAUUGACAUAUAGUUUAAUUGCCAUUUGCAUUUUGUGAGAAUAAUAUAUAGUAUCGUGGUAAUAUACGAUGUAAUGUGAUCUUGUACUGUGAGUGAGUCUCAAAGAAUACGAUAGAAUUCCCCGUUUUGCCCCUUGACAUUUUUUUAAAAUGAAAUGCUAGUCUGUAUACUGUAUUUAAAAUAAUAAUUAUUUGUAUAAGUAUAACCUUGUAAUACCAGUUCUUAGUGUGAUCUGACACGAGCAAAAUAUACUCAAAUUAAUCAUAAUUAAAAUAAUAAAAGAUCAAUCAUAAUUUAGUAUUUAUGUUUAACUUUUUCGAUUGAACCCUAAAUUCACGAUGGUCGUGUUUUGGACAAAUAAUUUAUUGUGUUUUAAGUAACAGUAAUUUUCAUUAUGGCUUUAUAGGUACGUACUGUAUUUAUUAUACAAGAGUUAAGGAUGAAGUGGAUACAAGUGUUGUUGCUAUAAAACAACAAAUAAGUUUAUAGUUUGCCACAUGGUAGGCUAAAAACAUGAUAUACAAAAAUAAUAGCCGUAGUUUUAUCCAUAUAAUUUCAUAAAAUUGGUGAGUGAAGAUGUGUUUUUUUUAAACAUAUACAAAACUUAUGUUCUUGCAAGAAUCAAAGAACAGCAAGAAUGCAAAAUGAACUGUUGUUGAGAAAAUGUCAGAAUAUUUUUAAUUCCGAACACAAAGGCCAUAAAAACAAGAUCUGACCCGACAUUUAAUACAUUUUAUCAUCAUUUAUACCAUAAACUGGUUUUGUGUCGUUGUUGUCUAAUGGCAUUGAAUAUGGGCUGUGGACUAGGAGGUAUUAUUAGGCUUAAUGUCCAAAUCGGGCAACACAUUAUGGGUUUUAUACUUACAAGUUUAAGCCAGGAUUGAAUCCCGUAGAGAGCAUUAAUGCCGUCAGACAACAAAACAUACAAAGUGUAAGAAAAUGUCAUAUUCCGAAGUUGAUGUAUUAAACAAAUAGGUAAAUCAAAUUGUAUUCGUGA